AGUUAACUGUUAACACACUCUCAUCACAAUUAAUAGCAAUUUGUGAUUUAAUUCACAUUUACAUCACAUUUGGUUCAUACACUUGAAGACCAUUUGCCUACGAAUAGUAACCUUUGUAUCCAAUUGUGCACUGAAUUGAUGUAAACAUUGACUACUAAUCAACAAAUGAAUUGAAUGUCAAUUGAAAUCAUUUAGAGUUAAUAUAAUCAAAUUCAUAGUAAUUUAUUAGAUAUUAUAAGACAUUGUGUUUAAUAUAACAAUAAAUCGCAAACCAAUUCAUAUCUCAAUGUCUUCAAUGGGUUUGGGAAAGAAACGUAGUCUUAAUGUCAGUGAUUAUCACAUCCAAUGUCAAGAGAAACCAUUGAAAUUAGUUAAACGAGAAUAUGAUAGCGAUUACAAUGACUACACCUCUCAAGACACCACUUCUUCGAGAGCCCAACACAUCCAACCCAUCAGACGCCACAACAAUCAGGGCGGAGGCGUUGAGGAGGCGUCACAACUAUUCUCUGGUGACCACAACAGUGUCAUCCGUAAGGGUAUCAUCAAUGGAAUAAAACCUCGAAAUAGUGAUAAUCACAAAGAGAUGGUCAUAACAGGAGUGACAUCACCGACGGAUGUGUUUUGUUCAGUGCCGGGUCGGCUAUCUUUGCUCAGCUCCACAUCCAAGUACAAAGUGACUGUCGGAGAGGUUCAGAGACGACUAUCACCGCCAGAAUGUCUCAACGCAUCCCUCUUGGGAGGUGUUCUUCGCAGGUAU